AUGGCAAUGUCAUUGUCAUGUCCGGCCAAAUUAUUCUGGUUAAAAACAAAUGAACCACAAUAUGCUUUGAUAUUGGCUAGAGGUGGUUCAAAAGGAAUACCUAGAAAAAAUCUUCAAAAAUUAAAUGGUGUAACAUUACUAGAACGUACAAUUAAAAUAAUUCAAGAAACAAAUUUAUUUACCGAAAUUUGGGUUUCAACUGAAGAUAAAGAAAUAAAUGAAACAGCACAAAAAAUUGGAGCUCUUUCACAUACAAGACCCAAAUAUUUAGCUGAAGAUGAAACCUCAUCAUUGGAUGCAGUUAAAGAGUUUUUAAAUAAAUAUAAAUAUAUAAAAAAAUUGGCUUUAUUUCAAUGUACUUCUCCUUUUCUUCGACAUCAAUAUAUUAAAGAUGGUAUAAAUAAAUUUCAAAAUUCUGAAUGUGUUUUUUCGGUUACACAAAGUUUUAAACUAAGAUGGCAAUUAUAUGAUAAUGAAAGAGAACUUGUUCAUCCAAUUAAUUUCAAAUUAGAUAAACGUCCAAGAAGACAAGAUUGGUCUGGAGAAUUUUAUGAAAAUGGAAUGUUUUAUUUUGCCAAUCGUUAUUUAAUUUUAGAAAAUAAUUCUUUUCAAUCAAAACUAUGUAAAAUUGUAAUAAUAUCACAAUAUGAUGGAUUGGAAAUUGAUACUCUAGAAGAUCUAGAUAUUGCUGAAUAUUUGACAAAUAAACGACAAACUGACUAA